GUUCCGCCGACGUCAUCGGGCGGCCCCACCGGCUCUGAUCGACAGUGGGCUCUCUCUCUUGCCUGGCGAUGGCGUCUUGUCCAAACUCCUUGGCUCGGCUUGUGCAAAUUCCCAGAUCAAUGCUGUCUUUAUCAUCCGACAGUAAUCUCGAGGUCCAAGACAAUGCCCGCCCGGCACCCCGUUAUACGGCGACGUAUUCGCCCGUGCAUCCAUUCUGCGGAACGAGAUCGGCCGUCGUCAGACUUCGGCGGGGUCUGCCUGCCAUUGAGGCCUUUCCCGUCGCUCUUCCAUCGUGGACCAUUGUUGGUGGUGAUUUCAUGAGACAGCCGCAGAGCGCAUCUUUGUUUGGGUGGGCAGCUUGCGCACCCCGCCAUGUCCGUUCCGAAGUUCCGUGGUUGUGGGUCCACCGGCGUUCGUGUGCAACACAUGAGAGAUGAAAUGGGGAUGUGGAUUUUAGAUGGUGGUCCAGCAUCUUCAUUCCUUGCAAGAAAAACUUGCCAUUUCGGCUCCUUUGCCAGCGAGCCUUUGGAAUCUGCCUCUUUCGUUAUAUAGCAAAACGCCAAGUAAAAGGGGAACAUCAAUGAUGCGAGAUAUCGUCGAGGAGAGCACAAUAUUUAAUCUCAAGGAUAUACAACAGAAAUCGAGGAACCAGGAACAACGACUGAUCGUGGAUGCCUCUCUUCUGACUUCUUCACUAUCCAAGCAGAUCGUGGAUAAGAUAUGCAAAUGUAAGUCAUGCCAGUUGCUAUAUCUUAUUUAAUUGCUUCGACUAUCCAAUCUUUGUUUAUACCUCUUAUUGGCUGCAAUGUUCAGCAGGACCUUUUGCCUCCUAGUCCUCUCUUCUCUAUAUACAGCGGAAGAGCAAUAGACAGCUUACGCUAUCAUAAACAUUACACUCCAAGGCGUAGGUAUUCUAAUGAUGAAAAUG